AUGGCCCAACUGCUCACCUCCCGCCAGGCGGAGGAGUUGCACAAAUCUAUGGUUGCAUAUUUGCUCUCAAAUGGCAUGCAUGACUCCGCGGCCGCUCUAAGGCGAGAGUCCAACCUUGCCGACUCCUUUGAUGAUGCCACCGCAAAGAAAUAUGAGACUCUGCUCGAGAAGAAGUGGACUUCAGUCGUCCGCCUGCAAAAAAGAAUCCUCGACUUGGAAGCCAAGAACAACCUCCUCCAAUCCGAAAUCGACUCGGCAACCCCCCUCUCUUCCAAUCGCAAGAUUGACCCUGCAUCAUGGUUACCCAAAGCCCCAGCAAGGUACACACUAGAAGGCCAUCGGGACCCUGUCACCUCGGUCGCCUUCCAUCCCGUUUUCUCCUCACUCGCCUCCGCUUCUGAAGACUGUACCGUCAAGAUAUGGGACUGGGAGUUGGGAGAACUGGAAAGGACGCUGAAAGGUCAUACCAAGGCCGUCCUGGACGUGGACUUCGGUGGCCCCAGGGGCGGCACUCUUCUGGCCAGCUGUAGCAGCGAUUUGACCAUUAAACUGUGGGACCCCAGCGAUGAAUACAAGAAUAUUCGGACCCUACCCGGCCAUGAUCAUUCAAUUUCUUCCAUUCGUUUCAUUCCUUCUGGUGCCGCUGGUGCCCCUCUGUCAGGCAACACUUUGGUUUCCGCGUCAAGAGACAAAACCCUAAGGAUAUGGGAUGCCACUACUGGAUAUUGUCUCAAAACUCUCAAAGGACAUACCGACUGGGUGAGAGCUGUCACUCCAUCCAUUGAUGGUCGUUGGCUGUUGAGCGCCGGCAAUGACCAGAUCCCUCGGUUAUGGGAUGCCAGUUCGGGCGAAGUCAAAAUCUCCUUUCUCGGUCAUGAACACUACCUGGAAUGUGUUGCCUUUGCACCGGGUACUUCCUAUGUCCAUUUGGCCGGCAUUGCGGGCUACAAGAGGCCGCCACCUGUGAGCAGCAGCGGAGAAUUUCUGGCCACUGGCGGCCGAGAUAAGCUCAUCAAAAUAUGGGACAAUCGGGGCACUUGCCACAAGACAUUGGUUGGACACGACAAUUGGAUUCGCGGUCUAGUCUUUCACCCUGGUGGAAGGUAUCUACUCUCCGUUUCGGAUGAUAAGACAAUUCGAUGCUGGGACUUAUCUCAGGAGUGUAAAUGUGUCAAGAUCGUCGAGGAUGCUCACCAACACUUCGUCAGCGGUAUUCGCUGGGCACCUGAUAUUCCAGUUCAGCCGCCCACCAACGGUGAAAUAAAUGGCUCAGCUUCCGCAGUGAAAAAAGAAGACAGUGGUGGUGGAGCGUUCAUUCUCUUCCGCCAACACCAACAAGCGAGCAUUAUUGCCCAAAAUCCAGGCAUUCCUAAUCCGGAGGUAUCAAAGAUCAUCGGAGAACAAUGGAGACACCUCUCGACCGAGGCCAAAGAAGAGUGGAAUAUGCUCGCGGAAGCAGAGAAAGCCCGUCAUCAAGAACAAUAUCCCGGCUAUCGUUACCAUCCUCGAAGAAGUGGAAGAGCUAGCAAUCAAGCUUCUGUCUCUGGUGCAUCAUCCGCAGAACCACAAGAACCUUGUGCUAAGUGUGGUGGAAAGCCAAUUCAGAACUCGACAUAUAGCCCACUGCCUCCAGCAAACAGCACGCAGCCACAAAGUAUGGCUACGCAGGUCCCUGCAAAGCGAGGAUAUAUCGUCAAUGGUCCUCACGGUCCAAGACUUCAUGGCCAGCCAACAGUCUCUCCAGAACAUUACGGCCAGCAGAAGGCAUUUGUUGAAGCGUAUCCAUUUUCAAGGGUUGAUCCCAGAUUGAUAUAUGCAGUGCCACCAAGCACUCAACGGACACCCCCUUCAGACUUACAGGAUGCAAAAAGACGUCGCUUCAACGGCAGUGGCAUCUAUGUCCCAGCUGGCCAGCCUUACCCAGAACCCACUUACGCAUAUCCCCAUUCUCCCAUGAAUAACCCAUCCACCCGUGGAGAACCUAUGCAACAAGUUCACGCUCCACAAAUACCUGUUCAGAGAAUACACGGCAUGCAGCCAAUGAAGACAGCAAUGAUAUCUCCUCCACGCGGCGCAUAUCCACACCCACCACAACUACAACCCGUACGACCACCUCACCCUCACCAUCGCACCAGAUCAUCAGUCGCACUUCCACCGAUAGAGACGGUACUGGCCCAAACUCCUCUGAGUGGAUCAUCGAUAUCAUCUAAUAACUCCGGUGUCGAGGCGAUGAUCAUGUCGAUUCCGAUCCUGAACAAGAUCAAAGUCCUCUCUCAAAUCUCUGGACCACUACCGGCCCCAGGUCUGACUUCACCCAAACCGCAUGUCCGUGGUGCCAUCAUCGCCAUCGAAGGGAUGAACGCCAACAGUGUCAAGAGUAUCACAGCCUCACUUGCAGAGCAGCUUGGGAGGGAGGGAGACUUCGCCGUCAAAGUUUUCAAUGGUCCAGAUCCUUACGACCUGGUCCGCCAGGCGAGGAGCGGUAAUCAUGGCCGUCAUGGAAAUACCACGACUGAAACCUAUCUGAAAAUGUUGAGCGAUUGGCAUAAGACUAGCAAAGAGAUGGUGGAGUACAUCACUGCACGACCUCCAGGACAAGCAGGUGAUGAAGACGACCCCUUUGGUAUUGACAGCUCCGAAAGCAAACCAUCCACUAGCCCCGUCAGAGGCAGCUACACGGAUGCUCCUCUCUCUGCAAUCAGUCCCAAAACGAUCUACAAGGCAUCGGAACUAUCAAUUGUAUCACCACCAUCGACGAAAGGUCGAAGCCAAAGUACUCCAGGUGGCAGAUUGAGCAAGGAUGGAGAGCUCAUCGUUGACCUUGACAGGAACGCGGUCACCUCGAUUCCCGCGCCAUUGAUGUUCCCACCACCCCUGAACUCCACUCGCAUCCCGCCUCUACCAACACAAACACCAGUACCGCUCUCCGAGUCCUCUUCCAAAGGACCCUCCCACGAUGAAGCCUCACAAGCCGUGGUAAACCCAGAUUUAAGCCAAGAAAAGCAAAUCCCUGCGUCGCAGCAAGUCACACAAAAUGACGGCCGCCGCACUCUUCCCAUAGCCCUCGUGCCACAUUUCCAACUAACCACCGUCGACGCAAGCUCGAUUUCAAUGCCCAUCUCGGACGGCUUCAGCCCGCCAGCACACUGGCAGUGGUUCGCAACACUGUGGCGUGGCAGUGUCGGACCCGACGUGACCAUUGUCAUCAAGAGCACCGACGAUGAUGUCUCUGAAGGUACGAACUCGGGCGGCGGCGGCGCAAUCAACACAGACGGCGCAGCACCCGGAUCAACAGGGUCAGCGGACGCCAACAACCGCACUACUGGGCCUCGAACGACAUCGACAACAGCAUCCAACGCCAGUGUCUCAAGUCAUAGUCAAGGCCCGGCACCGGGUCGCGACCGUGCGUCGGGCUCUACGGGUGGAUCCAACGUAGCGUCGUCGUCGUCAUCGUCGUCGAGUUCCGGUGUCGAGAUCCGCCUGAAUGACUAUCGUGCUGUCAUCGUCAAGACGGGCAUCAUCUCGAAUGCGGCCUGUGGUGGUGGUGGUGCGGCGCAUAAACAGGUCAGUGCCAAGGAGCUGGAGUAUUGGGAGAAGGCGAAGCGACGCGUCGGCUUUGAAGUGGAAGAGUUUCUGAGGAAGUAA